UCAUUCCAUUAACUCUUCUUAUAUAUCAUUAUAAGGAAUAAGAAAGCAAACUCGCUGCGAGCCGAAAGAGUGCAGUGUAUGCGAGUGUUCCCAUCACCAGGCAGGCGCCAGCUGAGCCGCACACGCUGACCGGUACCAUGGUGGAUCAGGCUCAACACCGCAUCCAGGAGGCCAUGACCUCUCUGGUUGAUGACCUAGACAAGACUUACCUUCGUGGAAUGCAGAGAACAAUGCAUCUUUGUGCUGCUUCAUGCUGUGAGAAGAAGGAAAGCUCUGUGGAUCAAGUGCACCGGUGUAUUGAGAACUGCUCAACGCCUCUCACUCAGGCACAGAGUUUUGUGCAGAAUGAACUUUCACAAUUCCAGGAGCGGUUACAGAGGUGUGUGAUGGUGUGUCAAGAUCGUGUAAAGGAUCAUGUUCAUGCUGAUGCCACUGAAACUCAGGAACUCCAACGCAACAGCACACUUUCCUUUGCCAACACAGCAGGAAGUGUGUUGCGUCAAGCAGCCUUGGGGAAAGAUGGAGUAUCAGCAUACAAGGCAGAAUUUGAAGGUUGUGCCAUGCAGUGUGUUGAUGAACACAUCCAGUUGAUGCCAUCUGUGAAGAAAAGGAUUGCUGGUAUCUUAGCAAAGAACUUAUAGAAAACCAUGACGUGGAUGUUUCUCAUGUGGUGCAUUAAGAAUGAUCUCGUGUUCCUGAUGACGUGGGUGGCUCCUGGCUGGUGAUGACUCAGUGGCUGAAUUUUGACCAUUAAUGCUAUAAAUUAUACCUACCAUUUCAU